CCUUUUUUUCUCCAUGUCACACACCCUGCCAAGCCUGACUAACCUGCCUGGAAUGCAGCAUCAGUUAGAAUGGGAGGGACCAUAUGUACACAUAGACAAGGCACAUUGCAGACACACUGUAUGAGAAGACAAAUUGUAUGAAUAAUUUGCUGUGUUUUCCGGUAUAGCCCAAGCAAGAACCCCAGUGUCACAAAUGGAAAAUAGAAAAGGUGCCAAUACCUCCAGAGCUGCCAGGCGAAGACGCUGGUGGCAUCUGAGACAGCGAUGGAGGAUGAUAGGGGUGUUUGAGAUCAACCAAGAGCAUGAGUUCUUCUAUCUGACAUCCAUGAUAAAAGAAGGCAUGCAUGCUUCCAUUCAGACCAAUAUGGAUACCCCAGGCCAGGAUACACUCACAGCUGAAGAUUUCAAGGCAGUGGAAACUCAAACCCACGAGGGGUUUGAGAUGCAAACAUUUGCAGAAUCAGUGUUUGCUAAACUGAGGCGUUCACUGGACAUUACAGAGGAGGAUUAUAAGAACUCCCUCUGCUCAGCCGGCCACUACCUCCAGUUUGUCAGUAACUCCAAGAGCAGGGCAGAUUUCUUUGUCACGAAUGACAAAAGAUUCUUCCUAAAGACCCAGAGCAGGCGCGAGAUCCAGUUUCUCCUGUCCAAUCUGCCAGCAUACGUAGACCACUUGGAGAAAUACCCUCAUUCACUGAUGGUGAGGUUUCUAGGUGUCCACAGGAUUGUUAUUCCAAAUGAAAUAAAGAAGUACUUCAUUGUGAUGCAGAGUGUGUUUUACCCUGAUGAAAGGAUCAAUAUUAGAUACGACAUUAAGGGCUGUGAGGUGGGUAGAUGGACUAACCCUGACACAGGGGGGAAACAAAUAAUAAAAGUACUGAAGGACAAUAACUUUGAAGGGCAGUACAUUGCAUUAGGUCAAGAGAAAUCUUGGUUUCUCCAACAAUUGAAAAUGGAUGCUGCCUUCCUUCAAGGGCUUAAUGUGCUGGACUACAGUCUCCUACUGGCCCAUCAACCUCUGCACCGAGAUGAGCAGGAAGGGAAACACUCUCUGGCAAACCUUGUGAUUCGCGCCACAAAAUCUCUAGACUUAGAUGAGAGUCCCACAUCUUCAGAUCCCCCCACCGUUCCAUUACUGGAAGACGCCGUGGGUGAGGUGGCACCAGAUGCUGCAGACGGUGGGUCAGACCAGCCACAAGCAGAAGCUGAGGGCCCUGGUGAAGGGAUCCCCCUCCAGGAGAUAAACUGCCCUGCCAAAGAAACCAGGACUGACUCAGAACUGCAGGACUUCUAUGAGCAUCAUCGGAGGCUACUGCCCAACUGCAAAAACGCUGUUCAUGUUGCAGAUGGGCCAGACCGGCGCUACUUUGUAGGCAUCAUAGACAUUUUUACUGUCUAUGGCUGGAAGAAAAGACUGGAGAACCUGUGGAAAAGUCUUCGCUACCCAGGCAGAGCCUUUUCCACAGUCAGCCCCCCCAAAUAUUCACGCAGAUUCUGCCAGUGGAUGCAGGACCACUGUCAGUGACACAAUGCAGAAAACAUUCAGCACUCAUACACAGAAUGCUGCUGUUUAACCCCCAGUGUCAUAUUCUGGCUCUGUCCUGAUGUUGUGAUGUAGUGCCUCAAUCACAAUACGAUGAGCUCCAUCUAGUGGAAAUCUGGGGUACAACUGUAACCUGUCAUUAAGUGUUGAUACUGACAAUGACUGCCUUCAUGUCUGAAUAGAAGCCUUCUGUGCAAUUUUAGAGCCAGCUUGUGGCACAGGAAAUAUAGACAAAUGGUAGGGGUUCCAGGAUACUGUGGUGGCCGGGCUAAUUUAAUAAAUACAUAUAAUCAAUACAAAUACAUAAACCUUGCAGUGAUAUGUGCAGAUUGUGAAGAAACACUCCCCAUACUGUCCGUUCAAUAUGUUCACUUUGUUUUCCACCUGCUCAGAUCUCCCUUUCAGGUCUUUCUGUUGAGUUUUCCUCUUCGUCAUUAAUAUAAAACUGUGUGUUGUGCAACAUGAAAUGCAAAUAAAAAUACAAC